AGAGACGCUGUGGAACGCGACUUGUUGCCCUGGCCCCACAUCCUCGUCGAUGGACGCUUGAGCUCCCGCCUCUCCGAUAAGAUUCUGAAGAGAAUCGUCCGGAAGGCCGAUGGUCGCCUUAGAACUCUGGCUUUGAUCAAAUGUUUUAAGAUUUCAGAUUCCGGACUUCACAAAGUCGUUGCGAGGAAUCCUCUUCUCUGCAAGCUUUAUGUACCUGGAUGCACAAGGUUGACCCCUGAGGGAGUGGUCAGGGCAGUGAAGACACUGUCUCAACAUUCCCACAACUUGAAGAGCAUAAUGAUCGGAGGCAUUUACAACAUAGAGAAUGAACACCUGGAAGUCCUCCAAUACCAUCUUCACAUAAACCGAUCGCAGCAGCAGCAACAACAGCGUCUCCUAUGCCAUGAGUAUAUUGACCGAUCGAAGUUGUUGAGUGAUGAAUACCAGCCGAUGAUUGAUGUACAAAUCUGCCCAAAGUGCAAUGAGAUUUUGAGAGUUUACGACUGCUCAAGGGAGAGCUGCAAGAUAAAGCAAGAGGAUAAGUUGCAGGCAGACUGCCGGGCCUGUACUGGUUGCAUUAAGAGGUGUGAAGAAUGUGGCGGAUGCGUCGACGAAGCCGAUUACGAAGUAGAAGAGGCUGUUUGUGCAUGUUCAUUGUGUACAAGUUGCUGGCUCCGACUUCCCAAAUGCAACCAUUGUAAUAAGCCAUAUUGCCUGCGACGCAACCGUUGUGAUGAGCCAUAUUGCAUGCUACACAGUCCUUUGGUACGUAACUCUGCUCCUGGUUUUGUUUGUGAAGUUUGUCUUGAAAUGUAAUAUGGUCGAGUUGCCAUCUGAACUUAGAUUGAAACAAGAUAAGCCCCUUUUUUUGCAUCUUUUUGUAUCUUGUAAGAGAGAGUUUUAAGGUAGAGCUGCCACAGAAUGCUUUGAUCAGUGUAAAUGUACAUCUUGAGUUUUCAAGUUCUGCCUCUUGAAUUCUUGAGCAACACAGUAGUCUGAUGGUAAAUUUGAUUGUCCCAAGUUGUGUGAA